CACAGAUCAGUAAUGGUCGACAGUUUACAAUUUCUUGUCAUGUUCGAGGGAACUUAUCAUAAAAUCAUAUAACAGCAAAGAGCGAAUAUCAUUGUAUACGGUCUUUAAUAAUAGUUAUAUAAAAGUUAAAAUAUAUAACUCUAUAGACGUUAAAACAUUUGGUUAUUUAAGUUAUUGGCAAGGGUGUUACCAAGACUCAGUCAAGAGUCAAGACACCAACCCCAUACUUAGUGAUACUACUGUACUACUACUAGGCCAUAGACGACAGUUCGAGUUGCCUCCCCCUGGCGUACAAUAUAACGUAAAUCGUUUACUAAAUAAAUGCCCUGCGAACGGAUUAAAGUUGGCGAACCUGGCAGUGGCAGUAUAUAAAGUACACUCAUCUUGAAGCUGCUAAUUGCUAUUUCACCGUGCGUGCUGGGUGGAAAUGCUUCCGGGGAUAGGUGUAUUUGGUACAGGACCAAUAGUGAGGGUUUUAGUGCCAAUUCUCAGGAAUAAUGGAUUUCUCGUGGAAGCUGUUUGGGGACGCACUCAGGAAGAGGCGGAGUGCCUUGCAAAUGAUCUCAAUAUUCCUUUUUACACAAACAAAGUCGACGAGGUUCUGCUGCACAAGAACGUCGACCUCGUCUGCAUCAUGUGUCCGCCGCAGCUGCAUGGCCAGAUUGCCGUGAAGGCCCUCGGCAUCGGCAAGCACGUGCUGUGCGACCGUCCCGCGGGGCUGUGUCAGAGCAGCGUGCUGAAGAUGGUCAACGCAGCACAGUACUACCCGUCGUUGAUCUCGGUGAUGUCGCACGGCCUGCGCUUCCUGCCCGCGUUCAUGCAGGCGCGCCGGCUCGUCGAGCAGCACUACAUCGGCGAGCUGAACGUCUGCGAGACGCGCAUCCACUGCGGGCCGCUCAUCGACAACCAGUUUGACUGGAUGUGCGACGAGCACAUGGGCGGCGGCGUCCUCGGCAUUCUCGGCAGCCACGUCGUCGACAUCCUCUACUAUCUGACGGGACAGAAGGCGAUGCUGCUCAACGGCAUGGUGAAGACGUACAACAAGCAGUCGCGGCGCAUCUCGGGCAUACGCAGCAUCACCAGCGACGACUUCUGCACGUUUCAGAUGGAAUUGGACAGGGGCGCGUCGGCGACGGUGACGCUCAAUAACCACAUACCCGGGCAGUUCUUUCAGGAGAUUCUCAUCUGCGGUACGAGGGGCAGACUGACGCUGCGCGGCUCGGACCUCUAUGGACAGAAGCUGUCGCAGAACAAAGAGGAGCUUCUUUACAGAGACAUUGAUGAUCUGGCUCGUUCGACUUCUUCUUUGGAAGUCACGGGCACACACCUACCGAAGCCAUACCUACGAGGAUUGUUUAAACUUAUUACUGCGCUAAAGGGGGCAUUUGCUGCUAUAGAAGACAAACACAGCUGGGUAAAAGAGCCUGUUGCUAUGGCAGCUACGUUUGAAGAUGGCUUGUACACACAAGCAGUACUCGACGCUGUUAAAGAAUCAAGCAAGAAGAAAGAGUGGGUAAAAGUUCAGGUCAUCACAGAGCCACCCAACCCUCACCCUCACCUGUCGCCGCCUGGCCGUCGCACUGGAACCAUGAGCUACGUGUACUGAAUGAUGUUGCUUGGCAUUUCACUCAUUCCAGUUUUUUAAAGAAUCUUUCUCCCGUCAGAUGUGUAUAUAGUAAUUGUAAUGUAGAGUGUCAUAAAAGUCAUAUAAUCUUUGUUAUAGGUCAGCUGGAAGUUUAACUGCUAAUAUUCAUCAUAGAGAAUUGACACCUGUACUUGACCAUACACAAUAUUAUAUAUAACAUAAAUCAGUGAAUACCGAAUACAAUAGUUGAUAUCUGUGGCUUCCAGUAUAAUACGAUUUAGUUUAAAAUAUUUUUGUAUAGUUACAUUUUAUUUUACAAACAAUUGUUAAUAUCAUUUUCAAAUUGGAUUGUAACUACUAUUGGUAAAAGUGAUGCACCAUUGUGUUAUUGUAUGUAUACAUAUUAAUUAAUAACCUGAAAUUAAUGUAUCAUAUGCUCAAUAUCCACGUUGUUUGUGUUUGGUGAACACCAGACCGGAUUAUCACACAGGAUUUUCUUUACGUAUGUUUUGUUAUUCCUCUGUCUCUGCCGCAUGCAGCAGUACAAUAUGAUUAUUGUGCACAAAAUUAAGAAAACAAUGGACCUGGAUAACGUUA